AUGAGUUCUGUGGAAGAAGUAGUCAAUCUCAUUGAGGAGUUGUAUUCUCCAAAACCCAAUAGAGAUCUUAACGAGAUCCAACAAGUGUUGCAAGGAAUACAGAAAUCAGGUGAUGGGUUGAUCCUGGGUAGUGCCUUAUUGUCAGGGCCAUAUUCCACCAAUGUCAAGUACUUUGGUGCGCUCACGUUAGCUGUACAGAUUAACAUGCAUCAUGAUGAUCUAAAGAAAGAAGAGUUUGGGUUCACUUUAUUUAGGUUGAAUUUAGCUUUCUUAGUUCAAUACUUUGAAAAUGUAGUCAAUGAUCCCUCAGCAUUAUCAUCAUAUUCUAUUGUAAUUAAGAAACUAAUGUCCAAUCUUUCAAUACUAUUUGUGAGUAUCAAUAAUAAUAACCCAUCAGAGAACGAUUUUAUUGCUAGUUGGAAUAACCCACUAAACACACUGAUUAAUUUGUCAAUUGCUAGCAGUCAGAUGAGCACCGAUCAGAAAUCUCACUGGUAUGGCACAAAUAACAACUCUGAAUCCGACAAGAUUAUUUUAGACACUAUCAACUCUGAAGUACCAUAUAAUCAGCUAAUUGAAUUUAUUAGCUCAUCUCCAGUGAGGAACCAAUUGUCCUUGCUAUUUACUGAAAUUCUGGUCGAGGACUUGACUAAAUUCCAAACUCAAAAACAUGCAAUGAAUUCUAUCCAUGGUGUCGUUCAUGAACACUUAUACAUCUCAACCAUGGCUUUAAUUAUCUUUAACCUAUCAAACUUAGACGCUACACAAUUGCAUGACAACCUAUUUAACUGUAUCAAUGCUUGGAUAAACUAUAUUUCUAUUAGCAGGCAAGUUUCACCCCAGGGCAGGAUGGAUUUGAGCGAACUGCUUGAAUCAUUACUAAAAGUCAUGCUUCAAUCUAAUGAAAAUGAACAAUAUGGUAGUGCUGAAAAAGUAAUAUCAAUCUUUUCGCAUAUUUUCUCGAAUGACCCUCUACUUAUGAAUUUCGAACUACGUAGCAGAUUGGAAACAAUUUUUUUAGGUGUUUCUCAUGGAGACACUAACGCUGACAAGUCCCAAUAUCAAUGGAUGUUGGCAUAUAUGAACUAUUUGGUAACAAAUGAGAUGUACUCAGAAUUGAAGGAUUUAUCCAUUUGUGUAUGCGAUUUCUUGCAAAUCAAUACUUUGGACCUAUGCAACAAAUUAUUUACAACAAUUCAAACACAAGAUCAGGCUGCAUCUGAUAAUACACAAGAAUACAUAAAGGUUUUGUUACAAUUGACAAACUUUCCUUUGCACCCUGUUUCUCAGGAAUCCUUUUCACUAAAAAUGGUUGAUUUUUGGUUGGACCUAGCUGAAGGUUACUCUAAUUUGGCCCUUGAAUCAUUGAAACCGAACUCUCAACAGUUGUCAAUUGAGAUUUUUCAACAAGUGAUUAAUAUUUAUGUUCCUAAGAUAUCUCUUUCUAACAAGAAGUUAUUCCUUGAAAUGGGAGAAGAUAAAACUGUACUCAAUGAGUUCGAAGAUUUUCGUAAUGCGGUUGCUGAUUUAACUCAAUCCCUAUGGUUAGUACUUGGCAAUGAAAACUUAACUAAUGUGCUUAUUGCUGGUGUCGGAUCUACUGAAAUCGCAAGUGAAACUGAGCUUUUCAAUAUUGAAACAAUGUCAUAUCUGUUGGAAAAGUUAUUAAAGGACAUCAAUAUUCCAGAGAGUCUCUGGGUCCUAGACGUCUUAGAAGCAGCUAAGUUCUUAGUUGCAAAUGUCCAAACCCUAUUAAGGACAGGUUUGGAUAAUAGUGGACCUCUGUCAAUUGACUUUGUGAGGUCGAGUACAACUUUGAUGAGCUCUUUGUCCGGCUUUUAUAAGGAGAAUCCCGAGCAAAUUGGUGGUACUAUUGAGAUUUUAGUCCAAGGUCUUGAAAAAUGUGCAUUUUCUACUGGGGGAGCAAACGCCUUUACUAAAGUCGAGAGCAUGCUAGUUAAGACCAUUUCGACACUUUGCUCAGUUUGUAGAAAAGAACUGUAUCCCUAUUUGGACAACUUCACCUCAUUUUUGCAUAGUAUCAUGUCUCCUGACAAGCAAAGCUCCGAUUUUACACGCCGCAGUCUUACACGGUCAAUCGGGUAUAUCAUUCAAGGUCAGUUUGAGAACGGGCCGGAUGCUCAAGGCGGCAAUAUUGACAAAUUAGUCAUGAUGUUCAAUAAUCUAAUAGAGCAAGCUUUGGGAUCGGGCCUAUCUAUUCAAGAAAAACAGAACUAUAUCCAGUGUGUCCUUGACUGUAUCUCCGAACUAGGUAACGGUCUUGUAUAUCCACAAGAAAUGGACGAUCCCAAGGUAAUCCAAUUGCUGCCUCCGUACCGUGAGUAUUGGAACACCGAUCCGUUAGGUAUCAGGGCCAAGAUCAUGCAGAUAAUCGAGAAGGUUUUACAGAAUCCGUAUUUCCAGAAAUCGUCAUCUUUGAUUGAGGCCAGCUGUCUGAUCCUUGGGAAAUCGUUGACGCUACCCGAAGAAGAGCCAUAUUUCUUGCGUUAUAGCAUGAACGAGAUCAUCAAUUUUGUGUUUACACAUCUACAGACCUGUGACAUAGCUCCGGCGCUUCCCUUCUUUGUGUACUUGUUGGAGAACUUGUUCAGUUGUUAUAAAGCGACAAUGACCUCUGCCGAGUUCGACGUCAUCUUCGAGCGAGUCAUGAUCAGUAAUUACCACCAAGUUAUAGUCCAGGACCCUGACUCAUUGCAAACAUGUGUCAAUUUUGUCAACAGUAUCCUGGACACCAAGCCCGGCAUAGCGGUGUACUCACAAUACUGGUCCAGCUUUAUCCUGAAAGAGUUUUUACAACUACUGACUCACAAGGAGAAGUUCACGAUUGUUGCGGUGACAAAAUUCUGGACUAAAGUGGUGAACAACAAGAAGUACACGAGGGAAGAGCUCGAGAUCACCCGGCAGCAAGUGGCCGCUGUUGGUGCGCAACUCACCGCGCAUGUCAUGGCUGGUCUGUACCACACCCAGAGGUCAGAUCUCAACGCAUACACCGAGCUUAUCCGUACGCUGGUGGCCAAGUUCCCGAUAGAGUUCAAGAGCUGGCUAGUCGCUGUCCUCCCACAGCUCGUAGACAAGCCCCAGGCGCACGAGAAGUUCAUCAACAAGCUCUUCAUCACACGCGGCAGCAGGGCAGCGGGAAACGUCAUCCUGACCUGGUGGCUAGAGUGCAGCGGUCUGCCAGGCUACUAG